UUUUAAUUGUCAUGUUCCUUCUGCAACGGUUAGCUUCCUCUAAAAAUGCUUUAUAUAUGACUCAACAGCCUCAAAUAUCUUGGAUUUUGGAUACAUUUUUCGUUUAUACCAGCAAUACUUAGGGUGAAAAAAUCAAACACAAAACCUCAAGCGCAGAUGAAAAUAAUUUUAACGGCUUUAGUUGCAAGCUCCUCUCUCGAUUCUAAAUACUUGCAUUAUGAUUGAGUAUAUAUGUAGAUGCAGAGCAGCACCGAAGAAUCUGCUUCGGAUUGUUCUGGAGUGAUAAGAAAGAAGGGAAAUCGAAGUCUCGAGAAGAGAGUUACACUGCUCCAACCAAGUUGGCUACAUUUUGUUCAUUUAAUCAUGAAGAGUUUUCAGUAAAAUCUGUUUGCUUUUAAAAGACAUGAAGAAUUGGACAUCUUCUAACCUCGUCGCGGAAGGAUUGUUAAAAUCUGGAUUGUUUGGAGAAGGUUCUGAUGAAAUGGUGGAGCCUUCUAUUUCAUAAUGUUUUGCACCUGCCAGCAGUUCAAUAGGGUGUCCAUGGAUGGCCAUUCAACCAUGGUCUUCCAGCCUGUUUACAAUUCCUUCAAGUUCAAAAAUUCCGAAGCCAUGAAGGGAUUGAAGGUGGAAAAAAGUACUAGUUCAAACGAUGAUAAUCUGUUCAUUUCUGAUUUGCAAAGUCAAGACAGUGAGGUGGUUCUGAAUCCACAUCCAGAUGAUAGUCAGAAUAUGCGCGCUAUAAAGGAAGCCGUGACAGCUGGUGAUUGCGCAGCUUGGAAGGAUUCUGCUAGAAAGGCUGCAAUGGACUAUGACUUGCCAGAGUUGGUUGCAUUCCUUCAAGGGAGCAGCAACUACCAGUUGUUCAAGGACAUCUGCAUUGACAAGGAAGUUCGAUGCAAAGAUAAGUGUUCCGUAGAAAACUGUGAAUUCUAUCAUAGUAGCACUGCUUGCAUGCUUGAUUCUGAUCCGGACAGCGAGAGCGAGUCAAUUAGAGAAUCUCUGGACUCGGAGUCAUCCACUUCAACGGAUGAGAAUGACUGCAAAAAGGAUGAUCUAUCAAAUGAUCAUUCAAUCAAAAAGAUCAUAUCCGAAAAAGUGUUUUUGGUUGGACAGGGUCCAAGUAACGCAGUCUUGGCCGCAAACUCAAUGGGAUUAUCUAUAACUAUGGGUGACAACAGACGGACAAGCAAUGCUUCUGUAAAAGGUGACCUAGAAAAUACAAGCGGAAGCGCAGAGUUUCAUGCCCCAGAAAUGGAAAACAUGUUGAGGCAUGAUUCGUCCGAAGAUGGGAUGUCAGAUGGCCUAGCAGAAUCGAGUCAACGACACCAGCAUUGCAGCAGAGGAUCCAGUUCCUCUGCAUACGAACUUCCUUCGGGCUCGUUUUCGUACUCAGGAAGAAUACCAGGUUUUGGCAGCAUCUCUUUUCGGUCGAGCAGCAGCACAACUAGCUCUCGGUCUUUCUCUUUUCCCAUAUUAUCCUCGGAAUGGAAUGGCAGCCCGGCGAGAAUGGGGAGCGCUGACCAUAGACAAUUACACCGGCACCGGCACUGGGGGAUGCGAUUUCUCUGCUGCAAAUUCUGAAUGUCACACACACACACACACUUAAUUUUCUUUGCUUUAAUUUUUCGUCCGGGAUGUUAAGCCUUGUGCAGCCUUGCCUUAUAGAUCAUACACACAUAUUCUGAUGUGAACAAUAACAUCAUAAUACUAGUCCAUUUAAAAAUGUUUGGAUUUCUGCAUACAUCAAGGUUUGCUGAAUGCAGUUUUAUUAAUUUCA